ACGCAAAUCGACAUCCUCAAGCACUCGACGACUACGGGCCUUCGAGGGAUAAAAUGGCAUCAACAAGACUCUACAGCAAGGGCCGCGUUCUCGGCCACAAGCGCGGCAAGCGCAACACCCGCCCCAACACCUCCCUUCUCCAGAUCGAGGGCGUCGCCAACAAAGAGGAUGCCCAGUUCUACCUCGGAAAGCGCGUUGCAUACGUCUACCGCGCGAAGAGGGAGAUUCAGGGCUCGAAGGUUCGUGUCAUCUGGGGACGCGUUACGCGCUCUCAUGGCAACUCUGGCGUGGUGAAAUCAAAAUUCAGGUCGAACCUGCCGCCACACGCAUUCGGCGCCAGCGUCCGCAUCAUGCUUUACCCGUCGAACAUCUGAUUCUGUAUUUCUGUCACGUUCCCGACUCGCUCUCCCCUACAUAUUGCAAUAUGACAUGCAUCAUGGCCAGCAUGCUUUCGACUCGCAUAAUCAAUUUUGAUCGUUAUUUAGGAAGCCUAUGCGACGUUCGUUCAAAAAGCUUGCCGCAUUCACUCUUCUUCCCUUCUGCAUAUCUCGUCGUUAAGCCCGAUACAUGUCCCCUGGCAAGUGUUUGAAAAUGUUGGGCAGAAUAGAUUUUCAACGUAGUGUUGACCGCAAACAUCGCCAGUGUGUAUCUGCAAUGUGAAAGAUGGUUGGCACGA